AGACUACAGUGUUAUUUUACGUAAUAGAUGACUUGCACAAAUAUCGCCAUUUGCGUGCAAAGUGCAGUGAACAGGGGCGGUUAAUAAACAGAGCAAUUUAUUUACUAAGUUAAACUUGUUUAACAUGAAGUAACGUGUAUAACUGAGUCAUCAGAAGUAAAGAAGUCAGCUGAUAGUAUGUCGGAUAAUCCGGAUGAAACUGCUAAUUAUCUACGAUUUGUCUCCCUUUUCAUUGACGUUGCAACCGAGACAGUUUUGAAAGUGUUUUGCUUUUUAAUACCAGACAAAAAUAUUGGGAAAUUCCUCUGUUCAAUAAAGAAAGAGAAAUUACUAACAGAUAAAGUCAUCAACAAAAAGCAAUAUAAUCUUUUAAGUGCACUUAGGCCAGAUGAGAAGAAAUUCGAUAUAUCCCUUCUUAUCACAUUAAUCACCAACAGUGAUGUACUACCCCCACCAAAAGAAGGCUGGAAAAGUUCUCCUCCGAAAAAUUCUGAUAUCUCUGCAUCGGCCGACAUUCUUCGUCUCCGCGACAUAAGAAAUAACAUAAUUGCACAUAAACCAAGAGCUACCUUAUACAAUGUGAAGUUCGAAAGACUCUGGGCGGAACUGGAGAAAAUUCUAACGCGACUUAAUGAUUUUGUUGAAAAAGAGACAACAGAAGAGCUUGCACAGACCAUUGAUGAAUACCGUAAAAGAAGUUUAGAUGUUCAAAAUGAUACUAUAUAUAAACAGAAGCUUGAAGAAUUAUGUGAAAACUGUAAUGAAAUUUCCCGAUUACAGAAAAAGAUGGAAGAGCUGUGCCAGAAGUGCGAUGAGUUCACACGAUUCUUUCAGAAAACUCCAGAAAAAUAUUCACAAUAUGUUCAGUUAUUGUUCGAAGGAGGGACGCUUGUUUUGUGCAAUGUUUUGAGAGAUGGUUUGUCAAAAGCUAAACUAGAUUUACGAACUGUCCUCUAUUACAAACGAGAUGAGUUAGCAGAAAAGAUUGGCAAUGAAGAUUUAGUCCGUCAUUUUUUUCAAAGUACUGAAGAUGACUCUUUUCAUAUAAACAUAGAUAUUCAGACAUGGGAUAUCAUUGUUCUUGCUGAAGUGAUUGAAUUAGCCCUUGGUAACAGUCACCUGACUGAAAGGUUUAUGAAGAAAGUAAGAAUUAUAAGAGAUGCAAGAAAGAAAUAUGCUGAAAACGCAUUGAAAGCAAUAGCAGAUAAGGCAUCAUUUUACGCAUGCUGUGAAGAUCUUGUUAGUAGCAUCGAAGUCUUGUCUUCGACUCUCGAUGAAGAUAUACAGAAACAAUGUGAUGAACAUAUAAACAGAUAUAAGGUACCAUCAGAUGAGAGUCAGGGUACAGAUUAUGAGGUUUAUUUGAAACAACUAAAGGCUCAUGGAACCAGCGUGAAGAAUUUGUCUGAACUACAUCAAGAAACGAUAGAGAAACUUAACGAAUGUUUCAAACAAAUGAAGGAGACGGGGAUAGAUUUUAUCAAUGAACACGUUCUGAGUUUAAAAAUGAUAACCUUGGGCGAUAACAGUGAGAAAAAAAGAACUGCCGAAGACGUUCUGUUUCGGAUAUGGCAGGCUGCUCUUGCAAGAUCAGAUAACUCAACUGAGUUUGAAGUUGUCAGACUAGAAAUCGACAAAAUACUCGAAGAACUGCAUCUAAAUCAAGGCGUUCAAGUAGCUGGUGUAAAAAGAGAAUGCAUCAUUCUUUCUAUUAGAUGCUCUUCUUGUCAAAAUCUUCCGAACGUCAUCAGUUAUCUGACAGGUGAAUUAUUCAAAGAACACGUUGACUCUAUAUCAAGAGAGUUGAGCGAUAUUUGUGGUGAUGUGAUUGUCAUCGAAGGACACCUGACAUUUGAAAGUUUGAAUGAAAUAUUGACACAUCCUCGAAAUGAGUCUGCAAGUGAUGGACCUUAUACAGAUGGAAUAAGUUUGCCAGUUGUAUGUCAUUCUCCAAGAGGGAUACAGUCCGUGUUGAAAAUUAUUAAAAGUGAAAGCUUCACAAACAGUAUCAACAAAAUAGCAGAUAGUUUAUCUUCUUAUAUGGACGAGACAAUAUCUUUGAAAGUUAUACCUGACUUGAAAGAUUUAACUGGCAUACAUGAAGAAACUGAUAGCGAGACAGCAUCAAGCUCCGACAGCCAUAUAGAAGAAAAUGAAUAUUCAGACCGUUUCCAAAUGGAAAACAAUACAAAGAACGUAAUUAUCUCUCUUGAGACUGAACCUGACAGUCUUAGUCUGACAAGUGAACUUGUUUUUGAUGAACACCUUAUAUUUAAUGAGCUACUUGAAGAUGUAAAGGAAAACGGAAUGAAAGCUAAUGAGACGGUGAAAGCAGAACAUAUAACUGAAGAUGUGAUAAGUGAAGAUGUGAUGUCAAAAGAAGUAUUUAAGAAGGAUAUCAUCAAACGUUAUAGACAGAUACAUUCAAAACUCAAAAUUGGAUCGAUCAUGGAAGAAGUGGAAUUUGACAGGCUGUACGUACCAUCAUUUCCAAUAUAUGAAAUCACUGAUGACAUCCCUGCUCGAGAUCAAAAUGAGAUUAAUAAACUACAUGACGUGUUUAACGACGAAAGUUGCCCAUGCAAUAGUAUAUAUAUCAUAUCAGAGACAGGUGUUGGUAAAACUGUUUUUAUGAAAUGGUUAACACUUUGUUGGUGUGAUGCUCACAGUAUGGACAAGGACAGAGAAGGUGGCAAAAGUAUGACAGAUAUUUUCACUGGUGAAGACAUAGAAGAAAUGGCCAAAUUUGAGUUCCUUUUUUAUGUGCCUGUUGGAGACGUUAAAUGUGAUAAGUACCACGUUGAUGAGUUGAUCUAUAAUAGUAUUGCCUACAACCUUACUGAAUCGAGAACAUUUAAAAUGGAAUUUCUUGAAACAAUCCUAGAAACUGAAAAAUGUUUGAUAAUUCUAGAUGGUAUUGAUGAAUGUACUCAUAGUCAGUCGGGCAUAUUACCGGAACUUAAUAAGAGAACUAAAUUGUCGACUCUUACUACCUGUACUACACAGACAUUUGAAAGACUCAACGUCAAAUCACAUGGAAUAAAAAAACGCAUACAACUUGAAGUAUUAGGAAAAGAGAAAUCCGAGAAGCUUUUAAAGAACAUCCUUUCAGUGUUAUCACAAAAUGAUAAUAUCAGAACAUUUUCGUCAAGGAUUUCUUCUGGAAUAUUGGAUUUCGAAAAAAUGCUGAUUGAGAAGAAUGUGUUUCAUUUUAUCAGCUAUCCAGUUUUGUUGACACUUUUAUUGUCAAUGUGGAUUGUUGAAGAGAAAAUAGAUAGAUCUCAAUGUGAAAUAUAUACAGAAAUUAUCAUGGAAUUGAUAAAGAGGGCGUCUUUCAAAGAAGCAUUUUCUCAGCAGCUGCUAAUGUUUAAGACAGACGAACCUGCAAAAGAAGAAUGUUUAGAAAACUGUGGACCAUAUUAUCGCUUAUUCAUGAUGUUAGGUCAUUUGGCUUACUACACACUAUUUGGAGAACAAUCGGAACCUUGUUUUGAUUUUGAUCAGGAUAAAGCUGUCCAAAUACUGUCUUCGGAUGAAUCAUUUCCACCUCUUGAUGUCAUUGAAGCGGGUCUUAAUACAGGAAUUCUUGACAAACGAUGCAAAUCAGUAUAUAUAGGACGCAAAUAUAACUUAAUGUUUUUCCAUAAAUCUGUGCACGAGUUUCUCGCUGCAUUGUACAUGAGCUACAAUACGUUCACGAUGAAACAAAUGAAGUCAAAAUGUCAGUCAGUUUCUUCAUUCCUAGAAUAUAAAGAUUUGUUCGUUUUCUUAAGUGGCUUAAAUAAAAGUUCGGCAGCAGAAAUCAUAAACGGUAUUAUUCAAGUAAUACAUACAGAUGAAGUACUUUUGAAUUAUAGAUACACAGUAAACUCUGAAAGAGCAGGAGAACUCAUGUAUAUCCAAAAUAUGGUUGUCGACUGUAUUAAAGAAAGUAGAAAUAGUGGAAGGGGUAAAAUGUGCGCGGCAUUAGAAGAUGCUGUUAUGGAUAGUUCCUGUGAAAAUGUUUUGUACAGGACGAAUUUGAAAAAGAUUUUAUCAAAAAGUACUGUCCAAACUCUAAGUAUUGAGGAAUUUGAUACCCAGGAACGCGAAUAUGAUAAGUAUUCACUGUUGGAGGGAUUGGAUUUGUCCAGUUUACAGAAACUAAAAAUUGAUGGACAAUUUGUCUUGCGAAAAAUAUCAGAUAUAAGAACGUUUUCAGCUGUAAAAUACGUUCAUUUUAAACGUAUUGUCCUUGCAGAAAGUUGCGACUCGUUUAAGCGUUUGAUUGAUUUUUUUCAGUUCAAAUCGAUUAAAGCUUUGGGACUCGAAACCGUUAGCAUGACCCACGAACAAGGACUUAAAAUUCUGCAAUUGUUUAACAGCAAAACUGAGAUGACACAAAUCGUUCUGAGGUCUGUCAAAUGUAAAAGCCAUAAAAUAUGUCCUCAACUAGAAUUGGAUUUUUCAAAUCAUACGGAAUUGCAAAUACUAGAAGUCUAUGAUAUCCCAUGGCAAAUUACAAAUGGUCAAACGAACGCAGAAAAACUAGAGGUUUGCAAAAUUGGAAAUUUACCCAAUGAGUCUUUUUCAACGUUUUUUAGAUGUAUAAAAAAGGCUUCAAACCUCAAGAGACUGGUGUGUAUCGAUGUCUUCAGAGAACUCGAUAUCAAAGACAUGGUCAUUGCGCUCCCGAAAUUGACAAAACUGGUUUGUCUGGAUCUGUCGUCAAUUGUUUUAGAUAAAAACAUAAUUCGCCUGCCUUCCAAAAUGAAACAUCUGAAAGAAAUAAAACUGUUUGAUGUUUCAAUGACGGAUGAUGCACUUCGUGUUUUAAUUGAAUCGAUAGAGGAAUUCACGCAAAAAGUAACUGUUGAAAUAGUAGUUUGUACUGUGAAACCGUGUCAGGGCUUUAGGCGUAUAAUGGAACAUAUUCGUUCAUCUUCGAUGUUCACUAUCAUCGAGGAUGAUAAUGAAAUGACAUUUUCCUUCGAAUCAAAACAUUCAAGUACAAGAAAACCUAAAGAAAGGGCACCUUAGUGUGUAACUUACAGAUGUGACUGCACGUGAAUUGAACGGAUAGUCUGGUAUAAAUGUUGGUCUGUCUCAAUCAUUGCAUUAUUCAACUAAUAACGAUUUCCUAUAUUAUGCCGAGCUUGCAUUCGACUCAUUUUGUGUUGACGUUCUACAUGGCAAUCGACAAUCAGUAUCGUACUCAAUUAUGUUUUCUCCAUUUUAGGCGAAAACACAUAAUUUAUAGAAAACACACAAACAACGGUGCUUUUGUACUUUCUAAUACAGUUACUACGAUGACAUUGUAGACCUUAUAUGGAACUUUUUUGACUUGGAAAAAUAAAAACGAGGCUAGAUUGUGUAGAAUAGAUUCUUUGGACUCGGAAAAUAAAAACUAUGCUAAAUGAAUAAAAAACUAUGCAUUUGAUAAACAACAUUUUGAAUCUGGAACGAGGUUCGAUUAAUAAGAUUGGAUCCUAUAAUUGUUUAUGUUGGAACACCCCGUGAUGCGGAUGUUGAAAGGUCAUAAGUUACUCUUUAUAAUAAAAAUGCGUCGUAACAUCAGUCAAGGCCUUCAAGAGCUACUAUUAAAGUACCAUUUUCUUAAAAUCAACUUGCUAUAUGUUGCAAAGGAUGGUUUCAUUUAAAGUGAAAUAAAGUUUGUUCCCCCAAAAUUUGACUUGGCUGUUGAAUGUCUAAUAAAUCAAUUUAUAAUAAAACCACAACGUUCGUUCAGUAAUAUGUAUAUUAUAAAAAAGACGAAUGUUGAUAUCUAUAUACCUAUAGAGAGCUUUUAUUUGCCUUGAUGGUAUUUUCGUAAAGAUUACCACGGUUCUUUGUGCCGUUUAAUGAGUAUAAGCCUGGUCAAAUUGUAACCAUGACUACUGGGUAUACGAGUUUACUAACACGUUAAUGAUAUUUAUAUUCACAGUAAUAAAGUGUUCAUGAAAGUGAUUUUUGCAUGUUCUAAAGCUGUAAGGAAUAUAUUGUGUAUAGAACCCCUUUUCGUUUAAAAUAUAGAUGUAC